AUGGGAGGGGGUGUAGACAAAAACAUAAACAAGGGGCGUGGACCUUAUGUUUUCCGACUGAAAGGCCAGAACUACCACCGCAUAGGCACUUUGCUACCUCAAGAAGGAGACAAGCCUCGCUUCCAACAAUUAUACAUCUAUGAUACAGAGAAUGAGAUCCAUAAUAGGCUCCAAGUGUCAAGAUCUGGUGAAUGUAGUGCCCCUCUAGAUGAAAGCAUUAUCACGGGCCUGGUAACCAUGCUCAACGAGAACAACACACUGGUGCAGUCAUUCCGUAUGGCACGGGAUAGGUUUGAGGGUCACGAAUACCAUAACCUAACCCUUAGAUUACUUGGCAACAGAGAACAAUAUGCUAGGCAAUGCAACAUGCCAUCAGCAUCAGAAAUUGCUGCCCUGAUAGUCAAAGAUCCAGCCGAAGGAAGCAAUAGACGUGACAUCAUUCUUGAGUACAAAGAUAUGAGACCUAAAAGGGUAUCAGAAGUCCACCCAAAAUUUAUGGCCAUGCAAUACCCGUUGCUUUUCCCUUAUGGAGAAGAUGGUUUUAGACCUGGCAUAAGAUACAAAGAAAACGGUGCAAGGAAUGGCAAGAAAUCCAUCACCAUGCUGGAAUACUAUGCAUAUCGCCUCCAACAACGCUCUGAUCAAUCGAUGCUGAUGCUGACGUGCGGAAAUCUGUCAAUGCAGUUCCUAGUUGAUGUCUAUGCAUGCAUCGAACAAUCCAGGCUUGACUGGAUAAGAAGGAAUCAGGGAGCUCUAAGAACAGAGCUUUUUUCUGGGUUGAGAGAUGCAAUCGUAAAAGGUGAUACAAGGACAGAACAGGUUGGGAGGAGGAUACUACUUCCAGCAAGUUUCAGAGGAAGUCCCAGAUGCAAAGAACAAAACUACCAAGAUGCGAUGGCUAUAUGUCGUUGGGCUGGAUACCAUGACUUGUUUGUAACAUUCAUAUGCAAUCCUAAGUGGCCAGAGAUCCAGUGCAUGCUUGAUGAAGCUGGGAACCAGCAGAAGCCAGCAGCACGACCUGAUAUUGUGGUUCGAGUGUUCAUGCUAAAACUAAAGGAGUUAAUGAUGGACAUUAAACAGAGGCGGCAUUUCGGAAAGACUAAAGCAAAUAAGUAUGGAAAACCUCACCAAAUAACUAAAAAUAGAUUGAAGUGUAUGUAUGUCUUUUGUUUAUAG